CACCCAAAAUGGCGGGCGUUUUGGCUGGCCGCGGUACAAUCCCCCGGCAGGUCAACAGCAAGGCACAGGAGUAAAUAACACAGUGCCAUUGACAAGCGGUGCGUGUGAUUAAAAAGCAGAGGGCAGGACCAGGAGAAGGAGGAGGACCUGCAAGGCGGUACAAAAAGAUACAAGUGAACAGGGCACAAGAAGAAGAGGAGGAGGAAGCUGCCGCAGCCUCCAGAGCGAGAUAACUGAUAACAGCUGAGAGACGGAUGCUGCGUGAAUGUUUCGAUUAGUCUCGGCUCUCCUACCGGAGCAGGCGGUGCAGAGCCUCUCAGCUGCCUACUUCAGAGCCAACGCGUGGUACAGCGUCGGGUCAGGCAAGUUCCACAGCACCCAGACCACCGAGGAACACACCACCAUGAAGAUCCAGGUGCUGCCGGCCCUCUCGGACAACUACAUGUACUUGUUGAUGGAUGAGAAGAGCAAGGAGGCUGCCAUAGUUGAUCCGGUGGAGCCCAAGACAGUGUUGGAAGCUGUUAAAUCUGCUGGUGUUAAUCUGACCACAGUACUCACCACGCACCACCAUUGGGAUCAUGCUGGCGGAAACAAGGAGUUGGUGAGCUCCUACGAAAACCCGCUCAAGGUUGUGGGCGGAGACGAGCGAGUGGAUGGCUUGACGCAGCUGGUGGGCCAUGGAGACACCCUGACCAUUGGCUCUCUCAAGAUCGAGUGUCUCUUCACACCUUGUCACACCAAGGGCCACAUCUGCUAUAAUGUGACCUCAGAUGACCCGGAACACAAGCCAGCUGUCUUUACUGGUGACACGCUGUUCAUCGGAGGGUGCGGGAAGUUUUUCGAAGGUGAUGGCCAGCAGAUGCACCACGCCCUGAUUGGGGUCCUGGGAGCGCUGCCUGACCACACGCUUGUGUACUGCGGCCACGAAUACGCAUUGCAGAACCUCAGAUUCGGUGCACACGUCGAACCCAACAACUCAGCCAUCCAGGAAAAGAUUGCUUGGGUCAAGAAACGGCGCGAUGAGAACCUUCCCUCGGUGCCUUCAACGAUCGGCCAGGAGAAGACCAUCAACCCCUUUAUGCGUGUGGGUGAGGCCAGCGUUCAGGAGCAUGUCAAGACCUCAGACCCCAUUGAGACCAUGACUGCUGUGAGGGCUGAGAAGGACAACUGGAAGCCACCCAAGCUCUAGAGACGAGCCAUGCCCAAGGAAGUGUUUUGGAAGGCCCAUCGUCAUCGCAUCAGUGUUUGAGUUCCCUUCUAGUUGUAAGUCCACAUCUGGGUUUCGUUUUGUAGCUCGAUGCCACACAUUGUAAAUUUGUUCUUUCGAGUCUUUGCUACGUAGAGGUGCAUACGACCGUAAGACCCGACUCUGUGCCGUAGUGUUCGAUGUGUCAGAUGAGAUGCUGUACACUUUUCACAUCUACCAGGAAAAUAACCUGGUCUGUCUCUGUGUGUAUCUCUCAGUCGGAGUUGCCAGAGUGAAUGAAAAUGUGUGUUGAAGUAUUUCUGAGGAGCAUAUUGGGAAUGUCACAGUGAUAAGUCUGUUUUGAGCAUACUGAAAACUACCCUGGAAAUGGCACAAGCCUGAUAUGAUGUUAGAGGUCUGUUUAGUAAGAGUCAGAGGGCCAGUUUCAAUCUAAUACAUACAACAAGUUUGUAAGCUCCCAACCAAAUUACCCUGGAAAUGCCACAAGCCUGAUAUGAUGUUAGAGGUCUGUUUAGCAGGAGUCAGAGGGCCAGUUUCACAGUCUAAUACAUACAGCAAGUUUGUAAGCUCCCAACCAAAUUACCCUGGAAAUGCCACAAGCCUGAUAUGAUGUUAGAGGUUUGUUUAGCAGGAGUCAGAGGGCCAGUUUCACAGUCUAAUACAUACAGCAAGUUUGUAAGCUCCCAACCAAAUUACCCUGGAAAUGGCACAAGCCUGAUAUGAUAGCAGAGGUUUGUUUAGCAAGUUAGCAAGAGUCAUAGGGCCAGUUUCACAGUCCAAUACAUGCAGUAAGUUAGUAAUGUCCCCAACCAAAGGGAAAAUACCAUGAAAUUGCUUGUAUAGUGUUAAGUGUUUAUAUAAGAAGGAGGACAUUUCAGGAAGUCUCUUUAUUAUCUGGUAUCGGAUGGACGUAACUGAUCACUGUGGAAAAUACAGUUAGGUUUGGCUGCUUACAAAGGCCCUGUGUUGGACUCUUGAACUGUCCCAUAAGAACAGAGGCAGUAUAAUGUGUGUGAGUUUGUUCAUUAUUUGUACAGCCCUUCAUGCUUGUCUGUUAACUUACAAUGACUGUGUUGGACUCUUGAACCAUGGAACACCUGCAAUACUCCAUAGGUCUUGAAUGAGGGAGGUGUUUAUUCUCAGAGGGAUUUUGCAGCCAUGGUGUUAGUUAGAAUAUUACUGCUCUUUUCUGAUGUGUGAGAUUAUGACUCAUUAUGUAGAGUUUUGUUAAAAGGCUUCCGUUUCAUGCAUAAGAUAUGUAUAAGAGAGAAGUUGACUUUGUUUUAGCAGUUCUAUGAUGUAUAUACUAAAAAGAUAAGAUGUAAGGCCUGCUACUAUUGUUACUACUACUGCUACUACUAUUACUGCUGCUGCUGCUACUACUACUACUACUGCUGCUGAUGCUACUACAAUUACAGCCACUAUUACUACAUAUACUACUACUAUUACAAUUGCUAUUACUACUACUACUACAUAAGUAUAGAUGGAAUUAUAAUUGUCAUUAUUAUUAUUAUUAGUUAUUAUUAUUGUUAUAGUUGUUUGCUAUACCCACAAUCAUCUCUUACCCCCUCCCAGAUGCAAGGCAAGUUACCCCUAUUCUAAGCAGGCAGGGAGCUUAGCAGAAGACAAGCAGGCAGGAACAUGUACCAGAAGACAGGCAGACAGACAGACAAGCAGAUACAGGUUACGUUUUCCAAGCCCAGAUGUGUAUGUAUGAAGCAUCAAGGCCACUAGUCUAGCAGAGGCCUUAAGCAGAAGAGCAGAAGCAGGUAGACCAGUGUAUGCAUCCACCCUACUGUAUUUGAGCAGGGGAAGGAGUGUCGUAAGGUAUGGACGGCCGUUUCAUAUGGUUGUGUGAGUACGUAUGUCUGUUUUUCAUAUGUUCUUGUGUGUGUGUGUGUUUGUCUGUUAUUUCAAUUGUGUGGGUGUGUGUGUUUGUCCGUUACGUUUACGAUUGUAUGUGUGUUUGUCACUGAGGUCACCAUUCAGUUGUUAUUAUCUCCUCCGUUACGUCACAAUGUCCAUUGCUUCUACAGCCCUGCGUGAGUUUGUCUGUUACUUUGUGUGUAUUCGUCAUUGAGGUCGGCAUUUUAUUGUUAUCUUUUCUGUUGGGUCACAAAAUGUACUUACAAGUGUUUUUACAAUGUCAUAUAUGGUUUCUGAUGUCCAGUUUCCCAAGUCAACAGGGUAACAUUGCCUUCACUUCCAUUCAAUAAAAGCAUUACAUUAUA